AGUGGGUGGGCGGGCAAAGAGGAGGUUGCUCUGGCCAGGGGGAGAUGGAGGCGCUGGUUGGGGGUAGCGUGGCUGCGUCUCUUCCUUGCGCGCCCUUAACGCCGGAGGAAUUGUCCGGGCAGCGGAACUCGCCGAGAGCAAAGCCGAAACUCGCCAGCUUGGAGGAAAUUAUUGCAGCCAAACCAAACAAAACACCGAUUCAGCUAUUGCUUGAAUAUGGCACAAAAGCUCACCUUAAUCCUGAAUAUGAAUUUGAAAAAGCCGAGGGAGAAGUACAUAUGCCCAUUUUCACGUAUAAAGUCAUCAUAGGUGACAUCAUUGCAACAGGAGAGGGUCGCAGCAAAAAGAUUGCAAAACACAGAGCUGCUGAAGCUGCACUGAAUAUUUUGAAAAGCAGUCCAAAUGUCUGUAUUUCUAUGCCAGACCAUACAAUCCCUGAACCUAUCAAUCAAGCACAGAAACAGACCAAUCCGAUUGGAUCAUUGCAAGAACUGGCUAUGAGGAAGGGUUGGAGAUUACCUGAAUAUUCACUGGCCCAGGAGACUGGGCCACCUCAUAAGAGGGAGUUUGUAAUGACUUGCAGAAUUGAAACAUUUGUAGAAACAGGUAUGGGAACAUCUAAAAAAUUAGCAAAGCGAAAUGCUGCUGAGAAAUUACUUGAAAAAUUCCACAGUUUUUGUCAGGAUAAUAUCACAAUUUCUUUAGGAAAAGAACAAAUGCAUAAUUUGGGAUGCACAUGGGAUAUCUUAAGGAACUCUUCUGGUGAAAAAAUUACUAUGUUGAAGAUAAGCUCCCUCAAUAUCCCCAAUACAGACUAUAUUCAGCUCCUUGGAGAAAUUGCAGAGGAGCAAGGUUUUAAUAUAAAAUAUUUGAACGUAGAGGAGUUGAGUGUGAAUGGACAAUUCCAGAGCCUCGUAGAACUUUCAACCAAUCCAAUCAUAGUUUGCCACGGGACAGGAAUCUCCUGGAGCAACGCCCACAAUGAUUCAGCCCACAAUGCGCUACAGUAUUUAAAAAUCAUAGCUGGGAGGAAAUAACAAAGAAUGAACAAUCAGGAAAAUCGAAACCUGCAAAGCUGCGAGCAAGGAAGGAGACAUACAGCCUACAACUCUAUAGUGUUUGAUGAAUCAGUAUCUUCAGUACCAAAGUAAUCAUUAGUGUGUGAGCAGCUGUUUCCCAAAAGGAGCCUUGAAUCCAAUGCCUUCUUUCUUAAUACUAUUUUGUACAGGGAUGGGGAAGUCUGGCUUGAGGCAAGCCUGCUGAAGAGUGCAGUGUGUUCAGCUGGAGGGAAGGAGUUUGUUCCUUCAGAAUGCCAUGCAUUGGGAGCAGAAAGUCCAGCUCAUUCUUCUCCCUUAUUUAUUUCUUACCUUGUUAAUAUGUUGCCUUGUCAAAAUAAUUAGAUAUUUCACAGAGAAACCACAAAGCAAAACAUAAACCAUAACUUCAUUGUUUCAGAACAUCUUAUUAAAAGUAGAUUAAAAUUGAAAAUCCAACUCCAAAUAAAUUAACUAGUUUCUUAAAAAUCAAAUUGACAUCCAUAAAACAACCCAGCAUGCAAAGAAUUCAGUCCCUCCCAGCCCAGUGAAACAAAACAUCUUCAGGGUUCUCCUGAAGAAUAAUGUUGCAGUGAUCUUCCAGACUCCAUUAGAGGAAGACAAGUCACCAGCAAGGCCUACCUCUUCAUCCAUUAUCAUCCCCCAGAGCUCCAUAACAGGCAGAUAGAGACACUAUCUGGCCCAAGGUCACUUCAGUUAGCUCAUCUUUCUAUUAUGCUAAACCCAUUGCCUUCUACUGUAAACCAGCCAAACUCCAACAUUCAGCAUUUUGACUCCAGAAGAUACACUCCCAUACAAUCGGAGGGGGAAGUGUUCCCUGUCCCUUGGCUUGUAUAUAUAUGAUGAACUCACUGAAGCACCACGUAGUCACAGGCAAGCCUUUGCCAUUAUGGUAGUCUAUAGCGGGUAGGCAACCUGGGCUCUUUUAUGACUCAUGGACUUCAACUCCCAGAAUUCCUGAGCCAGCAUAGCUGGGAGUUGAAGUCCAUGAGUCAUAAAAGAGCCGAGGUUGCCUACCCCUGGUCUAUAGUGAGCAACAGACUUCAGAAUAGCACACAGAUAACCUUGGGGGGGGGGGGGGAAUAAAGUGCAACAAAGAGACUGAAGACUGAGUCUUUGGUAUAAGGGAGGAGAAGGGAAACGCUGUCAGGCUUCCAAGUUUUUGUUAUCCCAAAUCUAUAGCAGAGUUUUAGUAUUUCUUGUGGCUUUCCUAACCUGGCCUGCCUUGAAGGGCAGACAGACACAGUUACAAUUUUUCUCUUCUCAGGCAGCAGUUUCUAUAAGCAGCUGAUAUCUUCACCUUUCACUGGAGCUAUGACAGUGGUGCCAAACAA